ACAUUAAGAAUUACAUGCUAGGGUCUGCAACCAAUACACAUAGACUUUGGGCUGUUGUGUUAAGUUAAGUUGACACUUGACAGUGCUGACUCCAAACAAUUCGUUACGACUAUCUCAUUAGAAACGGACCAACAAUGGCGUCAAUUAAUGCAUGCAGUCGUAGAGGUUCAUUUAGAGGAAGCAUAGGCUAUUAAUAUUUUUUUUACCGAACAAUGAAAUGAUGUUGAAUGCUAUUCGAGCAGCCAGUUCUAAUGCCAAUGGAAAAGAUCUCAUUAACUGUGCUGAACAUCUUCACAAGUCUUACCAAUGGGCCCAGGCUCGUAGAGUUGUCAACUACUAUUUAUCAUCUCCUUAUAUUCAACGUAUCCCACAAACGCGCACAGACACCUUGUACACAACAUCUAGAUACCAAAUUUCGUUGGAUUUUAAAGCCCGAAUAUUCCACCUAUCAGACAAACGUAACUUCUCUUCAAGUCACUUCUGCCUUCAGUCCGAGAAUGGAAGAUGUAGUCACGUGCCAGCUAUGUUUGAAAACAAUGACGUUGCCUACAGCUCUAAGUCUACAUGGGAACUUUGCCGUGCACUCGUGAUAUUUUUUCUGUGCAAAUUUACAUAUUUUACAGACAAUGCUGUUCAAAUCAUGUCACUGUCCUAUACAGUGUUGGGGAGGAGACUCUCAGACUUCAUUAUUGGGAGGACGAUCUACAAUCAAUUUGUGGCUGGAAAGACAAUAGAAGAGCUAAAGGAUGCUACCAAAAGGCUGGGACAAGAAGGAAUAGGUCCAAUGCUUUGCACGCCAAUUGAAACUGAUGCAAACAGCGUCCAGUCUGAAGGAUUCUUUGAUACAAAUGUUGAGAAAAUCUUGGACAGUUUGCAUUUGGCGACACAGUUGAAUUACCCGCAGCCUACGUUUCAAUUUCGUCUGAGCGCCUUAAUGUCUGGGAAUGUAUUGAAAUUAGUGUCCAAGAUUUGUGGCCAGACAACACAUAACGAUGACGUCAUUCGGGCCCUACUGGACGGAAUGAAAGGAACUAGUGUUGACUUCACAAAAUUGCCUGGUUGGGAGAAACUUUUACCGGACAACUCUAUUGAGCUCAAUCUAGCACUGCAAAGACUCGGUAAAAUCAGCAAGGAGAUUCAGAAGUUUGACGUGAUGGCGCUGAUUGACGCUGAGUACACGUAUAUCAACCCAGCCUUACGAAUGCUAUCUUUAGCUUUAAUGAAAGAAUGCAACAGAAGCUCUGCCAAAGUUUUAUACACAUACCAAGCUUAUCUAAAGAGAACACAUUCGACUCUAAAAAGUGAUUUGGAAUUCGCUAAAAAAUCUGAGUUUUGUUUUGGUCUCAAACUUGUUAGGGGAGCUUACAUGGUAAGGGAGAGAAUGCUCGCCAAGGCCCACAACUACGAGGAUCCAGUUCAUGAGUCAUUUGACAAGACGUCUGCCAGUUACAACGCUUGCCUUGACUUACUGUUCGACAAAAUCAAAGACAGGUCGUCAAAGCCACUUAGAUUAGUUAUCGCCUCACAUAAUGAGGAUACUAUUUGUUACGCUUUAAACAGCAUGAAGAAAUUGGGCAUUGAUCGUUCUUCUGUGUAUUUUGGACAAUUGUAUGGCAUGGCAGAUCACGUGUCUUGUACUCUUGCCCAUAAUGGAUACCAUGUGUACAAAUCAAUUCCUUACGGGACAAUAGCAGACACAUUGCCAUAUUUGGCAAGACGAGCCCAAGAGAACACAUCCAUGUUAGCCAAUGCCAGGAGAGAGAGACAGCUGGUUGCCAAGGCGAUACAGUCAAGACUUUUUUAAAGUUAUUUGGUUUAUUCUUUAAGAGACUGAUUUAAAAAAACAAAAACAAAUAACCAAAAAUGAAUUAAAGAAAGCUACAGAACAAAUGCAAUAUAAUACUUUAACACAAUACCACUAAGGUGUAUUGUUUUAUGUAUAAUGUAUAUUCUAUUCUUUGUGUUUCACAAAUGAGAUUCGUCAGAUUGAAAUUGAAAACCUCCUUUACGUAGUGAUAUUUGUGUUUAUUGACUUUGAUACGCGUAUCUCUGACGGGAUGUGUAACGUUGAAAGACAGCUUGUUGAGAUCGUGACAUUUUGAUACAAGCCGA